CCAGCCCUCUCCUCGAGCGGUGUGGACUGCUCCAGCUUCAGAGCUGACACCGGCUGCCUCAGUAGUCCGCAUUAACUCUGUCUCAGAAGGAGCUGCAGCUCCAGUGUCCGCUUUAAACACUCAGUUCAAGAUCCGGGAGCCGCUGAAGGACCGCGGACCGAGAAAAAGGAACUAAGUAUCCUGUAGAGGAGGGAAAACAGGUCCCGGUGCUGGUGCUGGUGCUGGAGCAGAAGAGGGUAUUUAAGGUGUUAGCUCUACUUUCGUGGGCUACUUUACCCGGCAUCUCACCGCCGGGGACGGAAGACAGCCGCCUAUCACUGACAGAGAGUCGAAAGGGAACCGAGUUGGACGUUCGCUUUCUUCCGCAAAAAGAUGGCAUCAAAUGACUCUCGGCUCCAGCAGCAGCCCUCCCAGAAGGAUGCGGCUGACCAGAACUUUGACUAUAUGUUCAAGCUGCUUAUUAUUGGCAACAGCAGCGUGGGAAAAACAUCCUUCCUGUUCCGCUACGCAGAUGACUCCUUCACCUCUGCCUUUGUCAGCACCGUGGGCAUCGACUUUAAAGUCAAGACUGUCUUCCGCAAUGACAAGAGGAUCAAGUUGCAGAUAUGGGAUACAGCGGGGCAAGAGCGCUACCGCACCAUCACCACAGCCUACUACAGAGGAGCCAUGGGCUUCCUGCUCAUGUAUGACAUCACUAACCAAGACUCCUUCAGUGCAGUUCAGGACUGGGCAACACAGAUCAAGACAUACUCCUGGGACAAUGCUCAGGUGAUCCUGGUUGGUAACAAGUGUGACCUGGAGGACGACAGGCUCGUCCCCACAGAGGACGGCCAGCGACUGUCAGAGGACCUCGGUUUCCAGUUCUUUGAGGCUAGCGCUAAGGACAACAUCAACGUGAAGCAGGUGUUUGAGCGCCUAGUGGAUGUCAUCUGUGACAAGAUGAACGAGAGCAUGGAGGGAGACAUCAACCUCAUAUCCAACCACGGAAACCAAGGCCUUAAAGACUCAACUCCAGAGAGCCACGGGGGCUGUGCCUGCUAAACCACCUGCCUUCUUAACAAGUCCCCCAACACACACACACACGACACACACAACACAAACAUACAGAUACUCGUACACAAAGACCAUAAAGUCCUUCUCUGUGCCUCAACCAUGGAAAGUGCCGCGUCUCUCUCUUCACUCCAGCACGGCCCAGCUCUGCUUCGUCCACACAGCGCAGCACGAACCAAAGGACAGCUAGCCAAGAUAAUCUUCAUCAGCGCUGUCAGGCCCCUAUCUUCCCCAGGCCUGUCUUUCUCUCUUUUCCCUUAAAGAGGCCCACUCUCUGGUAAAACCUGCUCUGUGUUCUGUCCUGUGUUCUGUCAAUAACCUUGACCGCUGGUGCCUCAUCAGCAUUUUAAAUGUACUGUCUCUGAAACAUUUGUUCAGUGGCUUUUUAUUUUUCUGAGCCAUGUAUUUGUGCAGAUAGCUUGAAGCUAGUGAGGCCAAAUAGUGUAUGUAGAUGGCUGUACUUGGAUGGCAUUAUUUAAGAUUCAUACUGUAUAUGUGCUUUGUUUACACAGUAGACACUGUUUUACAAUAACAGCAGUUAGCCUUGCAAAACAGACUACGGGUCAUGAGCUCAUUUAUUGCCAGGAGAAUUACAUAAACUGUGUCACUCCUGAACAUUUAUUUUCAAAACGACAGUUCGGAGAGUGGUGCACUUGUCCAAUAGGACGCUUCAUGCUCAUGACUGAUUGAAGGAGACUGUGGUAGCAUUUUUUGCACCCUACUUGAAAAGAUGUAUGUCUCAAACAAAGGCGUAUUGAGCUUUGCAAGGCUUAAAGGAAUAGUUUGACAUUUUGGGAAAUCUGCUUAUAUGCUUUCUUGUGGAAACUUUAAUGUCUGUAUUCCAAAUAAAGCUACAGCCAGCAGCCAGUUAGCUUAGGUUAGCACAAAGACUUUUUUUGUACGGAUUACGUUAGGAUUUUUUAACCUUUGGACAGAGCCAGUCUAGCCCUUAAAGCCGUGUUUCCAGUUUUUGCGCAAAGCUAACCGGCUGCUGGCAGUAGCUUCAUAUUUACCAUACAGACGUUAGAGUGGUGUCAGUCUUCUCAAUUUUUAAAUCAGAUUCAGUCAAAUGUUGGAUACAUUAAUAAUUACUGUUGUCUCUAAAUUUCCAUAAAUAUGGACAUAUCAGUAAAGUGCAGUCAAAUGAGGUUCAUUUGGAAAAAUUAACUGAUGCCUUCAUGGUGUUUUUUUUCUGGCAUUGAAAUCAUUAUCAUGUUCUGAUGAUACCCUAGAUGAUUUGUCUGUAGCGAGAUUCUGAGGUACAUCUCGUCAUCUAUCACUUACAAAGUUAAAGCAUCAAUCAAGACGACAAAGAAAACCAACAGAAUGUCAUAAUGAACCUUAUCUUUUUAAAAUUUAAAUGGCAGUCUUGUGAUGCCCUCUCUAUCCCUCAGUGCUUCUCAGAAGCCUUUUCUUGCGCACUAAUGCAGGGACAGCUGGACGGCUGUUCUAAUGGUAAAAGUUGAGCCUCUUCACAGAGCAAGUAUGCUCCUGUGAGGAAGUCGUUUAACACUGGUGACACAUAUUUGUCACAUGACCUCCCUUGUGGUAUGUCCUCGCUCACCCUUGUGUGCCACUCUUUCUUGAAACACCUUCUCUCGCACACAUGCUUGCACCACCAAACAUACAACACACACACACACUGCUCCCCCAACUGUAGCGUGGCAGAACAGUUGGCAUGGCAAACCUACUAUGCUUAAUAACUGAGUAUUUAAAAAGUGGUGAAUUCUCCUUUUUUUUUUUUGUUACUGACAUAACGACUGUUUAGUGGAGCAGCACUGUGUGUGUAUGUGUGUACUCAGAAAGGGAACAACACUGAACUCAGAGGAGGAUGACUCUAGGUCUCAACGGUGCUGUUGCCACUGUUAGGAAAGCAAUGAUCCGGUGCAGAAUAUUAGUUAAAAGAGCCUCUGUCACUUUAUCUUAAUCUUUAUCCCAUUACUGUAAUAUCUCGUCUUGACAUUUAAGUUAAUGAAUUGAGGUUUAUCUUCAUUCGACAUUAUGUUAUGUUUGCUAUCAGUUAAAGUGUGCGUUACACAGCUUUUUUCUGUUCCUUUACACCAUUUUUGACAUUUCUUUAUUGAACGGUCAAACUACCCCUGCUGAAAGCUGUGUCAUAAUUAAUGAAAUAGAAAUUUGAAGUGUCUUUGGAUUGCAGGAAUGGGAAAAAAUGUACUAAAGGGCAGUAAUUUUGCUAUUACUUUCUGUUAAUUAUUAUUUACAGUGCCAUUUGACCAUCACCAUCCACGUGCCAACUACUGACUGUCCGUUAGUAUCAUCCAUAACCUCUGCACCAUGAUAGCAGCCUCGUGUUGCCAGGCCAAAGCCCAUGGUCGCUCUGCACAGCUCAGGGGUUGGGUCACAACUGGUGGUCAGCUCACUCCCUGCUAUUGUAUAAGCCUGUGGUCAGUUAUCUCUCCUCCCAGCAUGUGCUGAUGAACAGUGAUAUGGUUUUUACCACAUUGAGCUUUAAUGCAGGGGUUUAAAACAAGGAGGAUGUGCACAAGGUCACUGACUCGUAACACUACAUUUGUAUUACAACAUUUGUGUAUAAUUCACUGUGCAGGUCUGCAAUGUAUUUACAUGGAAUGCAGAGGCAUCAGAGAGCAAAUAAUAUCUGUGAUAGUUUCACUAAAGGAGCUUACAAUGGCGACUGUUGUUUGUAUACAUAUUGAAUGUGCUAAACUUGUACUGUUGCUAACUGUCCACUGAUAUUGAAUUUUUGACCACUUCGUCCAGUAUCUGUCUGCCAUAUUUGUAUAAAUAAGUCUGUAGCAUCCAAAGUGGUUGGUCUGGGGUGUGCUCUUUUCUUUCUUAUGUUGACAAUCUAUUUGUUUUCAUGUCUUGCAUUUUCUGAUUGACUGCGUUUUAAAAGAGGGAAGAUAAGAUUAUUUGAUCCUGUUUUAUUUUAGGCUCUGAAUGUGUUGAAUGGAAGCAUUGUGGGGAAAAAUGCAUCUUAUAAACAAAAAUAAAUUGAACGUGUUGAAAUGUGUAUAUGAAAAUAAAGAAUAUAUUAAUUACAAAA